CGCCAGGGUGAAGGUUAAAUACUGUAUGGCUUGGCCUAUCGCCACCCUUCCCAAGAGCGAUAGGUAGAUGCAGAAUAAAGUAUUGUCCACAACCAGAGCUUUGCUGAAAACUUGCGUAAACUUUACUGAAGAUUUUCUGUAACAUACGAACAUGAGCAACAGUCUUUGUAAGAGAGUCUAUGAACAGCUUAGCUGAGAUUGACCGUUGGUUAGGACUUGAGUAAGUUCCUCAGCUUGUAGGGAUUUAGUAUGUGCAGAUCCGCUGGAUUUAGGGUUAUGUUUAGGUCUAGGGUCCUUGCCGAUAUUUGUGGGGAAAUUUAGAAGAACUCACUAACUGAUUCAGCCGAGGCCGCAAGGCUUUGGCCUAGUAAUUGUCGUUGAAAGUUGCGGAGGUCCUACGUCAUCCAGUGACAGCAACCCAAGAGAGCGAAUAAUGGCCGCAGCUCCCUUAUAUGGGCAGGGGCUGGCCGUUUUAGGAUUGGUCCACACCAUCUGUCAAUCAGCUUUACAAGGCAUUGUGGGUAUCACAUGGCCUAUGGACCUCCAAAGGUCCUUUUUACCUACCAUAGAGACUAAACAUCGUCACGUGACCCGCAGGUCCUGCGACGCUAGCGCAAGAUAAGACGGCCAAUAAUAAUGGAACGUCUACUAAUGAAAUAAGAUGUCCUAACCACGGCUGCAAAAACAAGAAGAUAAGGCUAUGGAUGGGCAUUCAGAAUUGGGACGGAAAGUGAACAAUUUGUCAUCCAGAGGACUGGACACGUGAAGCGUAUGCGCCAAUAACGGAGGUUUUACCGUAACGUCCUGAAAGCUCCUUCCGGCUUAUUCUUAAUUCGACUGGUAUUAGGAAUCUGCACUAAUGGCUGCAUGAACUGGACUUUGUUCUGCGAUGGAAGCGUGGCCGGCGGUGGCCUGGUUCCUGCUCCUUAGUCACAUAGCUGACUGGCUGCAAACAGUUAAUUCCCGAGAAUUUACGGUGCAAGAUAUCGUCUUCCUCUAUCCAUCCACAACGCCGUACCCUGGGGGAUUUAAAUGUUUCACCUGCGAAAAGGCGAAAGAUAAUUACGAGUGCAAUCGCUGGGCCCCAGAUGUCUACUGCCCAAGAGAAUCCAGAUACUGUUACUCUCAGCACGUCAUGGCUGCAUCGGGGGAAAGCUGGUCAGUGACUAAGAGGUGUGCGUCGCUGGAGCAGUGCCUGAACACUGGAUGCAGGGAGUCCGGUCCUCAGGGUCACAAGGUCUGCACUUCAUGCUGCGAAGGGAAUAUCUGUAACAUGGCUUUGCCCAGGAACUAUACAGAUGCCAUUUUUGCGACGACAUCCCCCCUGAGCCACUCUCAGAGACAUUUUGCCCACAGCGCCACCUACCUGCCGUGCUUAUUAUUCACUUUAUGGCUAUUAACGUAAACCCCAUCCAUACCUACCAUGGACGUGUACAUAGGAUUUAUUUAUGUGAAUUCCGGAGCGCUUUAAUUUGUACAUAUUGUAUAUAAUUAUUUUUAUACAUUUUUUUUAUAGGCUUGUAUGUAUGAGUAUAUAGCAAUUAUAUAAUAUAUAUACAGUAUACUAUAUAUAUAUAUAUAUAUAUAUAUAUAUAUAUAUAUAUACACAUAUGGCUAAUGUAUAGAUCUGGUGCAGAGAAUAGUGGAUGGUUUGGAUCCAUUUAAAAAUUGCACAAAGUGUAUUAAAAAUUAUCUAUUUAUGUCUUAAACAUGUCAGCUUGCUGUCAGUGAAUGGAAAUAUUUUAUUUUAGUUAAAGGGUUUAUCUAGAAAGACAAAACACUAAGAUGCUGCCUCCCAAAAAGAGCACCACUCUUGUCCUCAGGUUGUGUGUGGUAUUGCAGCUCAGUUCCUGAAGAGAAUGGAGUUGUAAUACCACAUCCAACCUGAGGACACGUGUGGCGCUGUUUUUGAAAGAAAGCAACUUUUUAUUAUUAUUAUUAUUAUUAUUAUUAUUAUUUUUUUUUUAAUCCUAGAUAACUCCUUUAGGUUUUGUUGACAUGGGGCGUUUAAUUAGUGGUACCCCAUUGCACAAUUUCAUACGAGCCUUGUGCCUUUUUUUUUAUUUAUUUUUUUAGGACAACGCAACGUGUUUAUGUAUAUUUGCAUAAAAUAGUUUUUUUUAAUGUAAUUUUGGGGUGCUUUGGAUACAAUGUGGAUCCAAAAAACUUCAGAUUCCAAUGUUGGGCGGUAUCCACAUGAUGUAAAUCGUGAAGGUUUCUGUUCACUGACUGCUAACAGUGAUCUUAAAAAUCGUAAGGAAACUUCUCUGCUCAGUGCAGAGAAGCCCUUCCUGAGUUUGGUCUCCUGCCUGCCGUUACAAGCAGAAGACCAAAAUCUGAGAUUUUGACCAGACGGAAUGUGUGGCCAAGAAGGGAGACCCCUGGUGGCCAGAAGUAUACAGCAGAAAAACUAACAUAAAAAGUAAUUUUUUUGUUAUUUUUUUUUUUAUGGAAGCCAAUUACAAAAAUUAUUUAUUUGGCAUAAGGAAUCAAAUAUUAAAAAUCAUGUUUAAUGACAGUGCCCAUUUAAGUGAAAUCCACUUACUGUACUGGAGCAGGGACUCCUUUCCUUGACAGGAAUCCCUGCUCUUGUUUUCACAGCGCUCUACACUGAUAGCUGAGGGUGCAACAGAAAUGACAGUGUAAAUUACACAUCUACGCAAACACCAUAGAUCGGACUCGCAAGGAAGUGCGAAGGCUACAGCAUGCUACUGCGCUACCGCCCCAUGUUGUCGUGCCACCGCUAUAUCUGUAUACUAUUUCAUUAUUAAGUUCAAUGCAUGAACUCUAUGACAAAGGUUCCAAAGUGCCCCCUAGUGGUGGGGUUGCUGAAUGGCAUCUUAGGUCUAUGCAGGGGAUUUGGAGCUCUGUAUGAGAAAACCUCAGCUCAAUCUGAACCAUAGAUAUACUGAGCAGUAAAUGGUAUUACAACGUGGUAUUAGGAGGUGGACAUAUUAUUUAAAGGGGUAUUCCAGGAAAAAAAAUUUUUUUUAUAUAUCAACUGGCUCCAGAAAGUUAAAAUUAUAAAUACAAAAAAGAAUAUCUGGAUGGCACCACUGAUUAAGAAAGCCUAAUGAGAAAGCCUAAUAUCCAAAGUAUGGUGUCCGGUGGUGCUAGGAAGUAAAUAGAAAACACAAUAUCAAACGUGGGGAAGAGUACGGCAAUGCCGCCGAGCUUCCUGCACUCACCGCUA